AGUUUAAACCUCCCCCAAAACAACUGGAUUCCCAUGAUAAAUAAAACAGGGGGAGGUUUUAUAUUGCUGCUGGCCCCACAGACACAAACCAGUCAGAUUCAGCUCUGCCUGCAGUGCAGAGUCAACUUAGUGAGAAGACUUCUUUUGUCCAAAUAUACAGCCAAACACGGGAGCGAAAAUAAAGCAUAUGCUCUAAUAUCUGCUGAAGAGGACGCCAGUAUAAGCGAGGAGGUGAAACCAGUUUGAACUGCCCUCAUGGCUCCUUCCAGCCGCUUGGUCCUGCUUCUACAGCUCCUUGGCUACAUAUCAGCUGGUCUGGCCUGUUACUGUGAACGGUUCUCCUGGGGACCCUGGUCUGCCUGCUCCAGGACCUGCAACCACGGUACACAGUACAAGGACAGGAUAUUUCAUAAAGAUGAAUAUUUCUGGCAGAAAAGCUGUGAAAAUCUGUGUCCGAAACGAGAAUGGAGAGCAUGUAACGAGCAGAGCUGUCCAAUCAACUGCCUGCUGGCAGAGUUUGGGCCUUGGUCUGACUGCUCACCCUGCGCCAAGAAACAGUUGCGGACGAGGUCUGUCCAGAGGCCGUCCCAGUUUGGUGGAUCAGCCUGCAGUGAGGAGCUGACAGAGGAGAGGAUCUGUUUCCCCUCCACUGAGUGCAAGUUACUACCCAUCGACUGCAAAGACAACUUCAAGUGUGAUAACGGACGCUGCAUCAACUCGGUGUUAACAUGCAACAGACAGAACGACUGUGGAGAUAACUCUGACGAGAGAAACUGUGUCGAGAGAGACUUGAAAACUGUGUGUCCAGCCGAGAAGAGAGUGGCCCCUGGGGCUGAUCUGCUGCAAAAUGGGUACGAUGCCAUGGCAGAGGAGUCUAGGGGAGAGGUACUGGACAACAUGUUUAUGGGGGAAAUUUGCAACUUGAGGAGGCCUCAGAGUACGCUGGUCUACCACCGAGUCCCUCACAACUUUGAGUCAUUCAACAUUACGGUUGGAGUGGUGGAGGACUUCAGCUACAGGCCCCAGCCGCUGCACACUGAGAUUGUCGACCCCAGGGUAAAGGACCCUGUGGUCACUUCAUCUGGAAGCGUCAAUGCCAACAGCCUCUUCUUCUUCCCUGUGUUUUUCUUCUCUGGCUCAUCUAGGACGCAAUUCAUGUCUAACACCGAGGCUUUUAAAGCAUCAAAGAAAAUGGACUCCACGUUCUUCCGGGUGCACCAGCUUCUGCCUGUGUCCAAGUUUAAGUUGAAGGACCCGGAGGACCUUGUCCUGUCACUGCCUUUCCUCCAGUUCCUUCACGCUCUUCCUCUCGAGUACAACUACGCCCUCUACAGGGACAUCUUCAAGCGCUUUGGGACGCACUACUACAGCUCAGGCAGACUGGGAGGCCACUAUGACCUGCUGUACCAGUACAACCGAGAGGAAAUCAAAAGUUCAGAUGAAACAGUAGAGCAUGUCAAAGGCUGCCUAAAUCGAGAGACCACCUGGACCAUCAUCCUCUACACCGAACACAGCAGAGUAUCUCGAUGCGAUGACAACAAGAUGACUAAGAAAUAUGAAGGCUCGUUCAUUCAGGCAGCAGAAAAGUCUUUCUCUUUGGUCAAAGGAGGUCGAACCAGAGAGGCAGCAGCUUUGGCCUGGGAGAGGCAGGGCUCAGCUCCGGACCAAACAACCUUCAAGAACUGGGCCAAGUCUGUACUUGACAAUCCUGCUAUAGUCGAGAGCAAGGGGCUUUCCAUCAUAGAUCUGGUUCGGGGGAUCCCAUGUGCUGUCACAAAGAGGAGACACCUGAGGAAGGCCCUGCUGCAAUACUCAGAUGAGUUUGAUGCCUGCAAGUGUGCUCCCUGCCCCAACAACGCCAGACAAAUUCUCUCUGGCACAGAGUGCAAGUGUGUUUGCCAAACCGGAACAUUUGGCACUAACUGUGAACAACGAGCUCCUGACUACACUUCAGACAAAGUGGAUGGUUACUGGAGCUGCUGGGGCCCAUGGAGUCACUGUGCAAUCACAAUGAAGAGACAUCGAACCAGGCAGUGUAAUAAUCCUGCCCCCCUCAGAGGAGGCGAACCCUGCAAGGGCCCUGCCAGACAUGAGGAACAGUGUCACAUCUCCAUCUUUGAAAGACAGGAGACCUGUGACAAUGAUAACGACUUCACUGUGGGCUGGAGGGACGAGCUGCCUCCUGGUGUGCAGGGCUGUCUGAGGCCACAGAAUCCCGCCAACAGCGUCCUCAGGAAAGGGAAGCAGUAUUAUAACUUUGGUGAGGAUGAGGAGUUCCAGUGCUACAGUGGAUUUGAACUGGACGGUUUUCAGUUCAUCAAUUGUCUUCCUGAUGGGACGUGGAGUCAGCCAAAUGGAAGAUGCAUCAUGAGACGGUGCCUUCCUCCUGAAAUCCCUGAUGGUAUGAAGCUGUUACCCUACAAAGAACAGUACAAAGUCAGGGAAUCAGUGAGCCUGAACUGUGACGAGACGGGCCUGGUGCUGUCUUCACAAAACUUCUACAAGUGCAGCGACAGUUUGACCUGGGAGCCUCCAAUACCUGCUGACCUACAGUGCAUUAAUGAGAACACGUUUGUUCCUGAGGGACAGUGCCGUCCAGGAGAGAGGCUACAGAACUCUCAGUGUGUCUGUAUUCAACGGGAGAGCUGCCUUUCACAGCCGGAGAGUCUCUGUAUCCUGAACAUAGACGUCGGUGUCACCAUGUCAAUGUCCCUCUGCUCCUUCCUUGCCGGCCGUUGCCACAAUGAUCCGCUCUUCUUUGUCAGCGAGGGCGUAUGCGAGGAGGACAAUUCAGCCCAACUGGAGUGGGCCAAGUUCAGAGCCCAAAUGUCCUCUAAGAGCUCUGUGCAGGUGCCCUGCGAACAUGACACCUGUUUUGAAUGGGAGACCUGCUCUGCAUCGAAGAAGUGUGAGUGCAAAGCUGCUCGGGACUGCCCCAGAUCUGAAGAGCGCAUGUUCUGUGUGAAGCUGACCAGGAACCAGAGUACUCGUAGCAUGAACCUUUGUUCUAUGGCCGCCCUUAAAUGUGCUAGUUAUCAGUUUGAGAUUCUCAAUGAAGGCGUCUGUGAGUCCAGAUGAUCCCCCAAAAGCUUUUUCUCCGAAUUCAUCCAACAAUACUAUGUUUAAAAUAAUAUUCAGCAGUCAGCCAGUUUAAUUACAGCCAGUGUGAAAUAUUUACACAUGCUUAAUGUGCUUCACAUGUAAUAAUAAAAACAUAAAAUCAUAA